GUCUGGAGACCGGAGAGCUCCGCGCUUGAGGAAUGCAGGCCUUCUUGUUCUUGGUGAGGCUGGCGGGCCUCCUGAGCCUGACUUCCAGGUUCCUGGUAACGUCCGUGUUGCAAGAAGGCCUCCCAGAGAGCGUGGUCCAGGCUCUCCUGAGGCCCUCGCACAUCAGUGAGAGGCUUGUGGGUCUGCAGGUCAGGGGCUCCGACUUCACGCUGGGGAACACGCCUUUCCUCAUCCUGUCGGGCACCAUCCACUACUUCCGUGUGCCCCGGGACUACUGGAAGGACAGUCUCCUGAAGCUGAAGGCCUGUGGCUUCAACACCGUCACCACGCAUGUUCCUUGGAACCUUCAUGAACCAAGAAGAGGCCAGUUUCACUAUAGUGGAAACCUGGAUUUGAUGGCUUUCAUAUCCUUGGCGUCAGAGGUGGACCUGUGGGUCAUCCUGUGUGUUGGCCCCUACAUCGGGAGCGACUUGGACCUCGGAGGCUUGCCCAGCUGGUUACUCAAGGAUUCUCAUAUGAAGCUGAGAACAACUUACAAGGGCUUCACAACAGCAGUGAAUCACUAUUUUGAUGACCUGAUUCCCAGGAUUAGAGGAUUACAGUUCCACGAAGAGGGAUCCAUUAUUGCCGUGCAGAUGGAGAACGAAUAUGGUUCCUAUAACCUGGAUAAAGGAUACAUGCCGUAUAUUAAAAAUGCACUGCUGAGCAGAGGGAUCAAGACGAUGCUCCUGACGGCGGACACGGGCCCGGGAUUCCUGAAGGGACACACGCCGACCGUGUUCGCCACCCUCCACAUGAAGGGCAUAAGGAAGGACACGUACGAACACCUCUCCUCCGUUCAGGGCCCUGGCCCGGUCAUGAUGAUGGUGUACACCGCCAGGUCUCUGGACGGGUGGGGCGCUUCUCGAAACACUAUGGACUUGCACAACUAUGGGGCACUGCUGACAGAGGAUGGAGACUAUACACCCGAGUAUCUCACAUUCCAAAAGCUUUUUCACCCUGAUGCAGAGGUUCCCAGCUUCCGGCAGGAAGACUGCAAGCCUAAGGACACAUACGCGCCCCUGGCUGCAGGUCACUUCAUAUCCCUGUGGGACACCCUGAUUCACCAGGAUGACCAGCCCGUGAGGUCCAUGGGGCCGCUCUCCAUGGAGCAGCUGUCCGUGAACCAAGGGAACGGCCAGUCUACUGGGUACAUACUUUAUGAAACUGUCAUCACCGGAGGAGGCGUCCUAAACUCGGAUGGCCAUGUGAAGGAUCGGGGCCAGGUGUUUCUGGAUGACAAGUAUAUAGGAGUCCUGGAUGACGCGCAUCAAAGGCUGACUCUUCACAAUGACCAUCACAAGGAGUUCCUGACGCUGAGGAUCCUGGUGGAGAACCAAGGACGGCUUGCCUCCGGGACCAGCAUGAACCAGGAGAGGAAAGGUCUUACUGGGAACAUCUAUCUAAACAGUUCUCCACUGAGAAAAUUUAAAAUCUACAGCCUGGAGAUGCAGAAUAAAUUCAUACAGAGGAAACUUCCCAACAUCUGGAAGCCCAGCUUUCUCCACGCUGAGGGCCCUGCAUUCUUCCUUGCCCUCCUGAGAGUUGGCAGUCAACCCAAGGACACCUUCUUGAGCCUGCGGGGCUGGACGAAAGGAGUGGUCUUCAUCAAUGGACAGAACCUGGGACGCUACUGGAGCCUCGGGCCCCAGGAAACACUCUACCUCCCGGGACCCUGGCUCAAGCCCGGGUUAAACGAGAUCAUCGUGUUUGAGGAGUUCAAGUCCGCCCUGCUGAUCUACUUCAGCAACGUCUCCCAGCUGGGAUAUUGAGAGCAAUGUCAGACUGGCCGCCCCUCCUCCUCAGGGUACUGAGACUGAUGUUAAUCGGGCUGUGGCUGAGCUGAGCCAUCUCAGAGCCCUGAGCGCCUGCCAGUCCUCCAGGCCCGGCCAGUCGCCGGGACCACUCCAGAGAUUCUGUGAGGCCUGAUCCUGCCGGGUCUGCCAUCUGCUUCCCCACCAGCCAGCCCGUUCCUCCUUUAGCAUAAGUCAGCUUCCCUGUUAGC